UGAGCUAAUAAUAGUAUAGCUUGUAUUUAUUAGUGUGGAGGCGGGGUUGCACAUGUUCUCCUAUCUUUAAAAAACCAAUACAUAAAUUAAAAUUCACUGUGUGUUCUCAUUUUUCUUGUGGCUCUGUAUACAAUAAUCGUUUUCCUAUGUUAAGCCAUAGUUUAUUUUUUAGAUAAUAUAAGUAAGAAUUAUUAGUUCUGAAUUUUAAAGUAUGGCAGAAAACAUCAAAACCUUGUUAAAAACUGCCCUGGAAGAUAUUCAACAAGGAGAUAAAGCACUUCUCCAGCUCCUAACAGAAGAAUCAAGGAUCAUUGAUGAUGAAGAUGCAAACAAUUUGAUCACAUUGCUUAUGCACAAGGAAAUAAAUAAAUCUUUAGUUUUAAAUGUGAUUGCAGAUGUAGCCAGAGAGGAAUCAAAUAGUUCGUUAUUAGCUAAAGAAUCUCUGGUAAAAAUUGCAGUGAAUUGUAUUUCAAGUGACACUCCUGAUAUAACGUUGCAAGCUUUGCGUGCAUUAUGUAAUAUUUGCGCAACAAAUGAGCAUGCUAGAACAUAUUUUUCAAAUGAAAAAGGGGUUACUGUUCUGAUGACAAAAUCUAAAGAAGUCCUACAGUCGAAGGAUGAUUCAUGGAUUAAAACAAUUCAUCCAGCUUUUGUUUGCAUACAGAAUAUUAUUUCUGAUAGUGAAGAAUUACAGGAGGAAUUUCUUAAUGCAAAUGCUUUAUCAAUUUUAUGGAGUUUUGCGGAGAAGUUUUCAACUUCUGACCAACAAAUAUGUCUGUCUGCCAUUACUGGGAUCGGUUGUCUCAUUGACUCAGAAACUGGAUUAAAAAUAUUAGAAGAUAUAAUAGAAAAAUUGUUAAAUUUACUAAAGAAUUCCAACGAAGAUGUAAUAAAGGCGAUGUUAGAUAAUAUAUUGACAGAGUUGGGUGGGAAAGAAAACUCUAGGAUAUUGCUAUGCAAAUAUAACGCAGUGAAAAUCUUAUCAGAAUUGAUUGAAUCACGACCAAAUUUUAGUGAUAUUGAAUGUACGGAUAAUAUUAUGAAAGAAAUGGCUGAUUUGGUAGUUAUUUUAACAUCAGGAGAGGAAAGUUUUACAGUGUUAGAAAAAACAGAUGACAGUCUGUUAAAGAGACUUUCAUAUUGGAUCCAAUCUGCCAAUAAACAUAUACAAAUAUCAGCUGGUCUGGCUCUUGGAAACUACACGAGAAGUGAUGAAACCUGUGCAGCGAUAGUAAACAGUAAGAUUCAUGAAAACCUUAUCAAUGUGAUAAAAGAAAAUAUUGAGGACGAGGCAUAUUCCGACCGGUUUCAAGCGUUUACUAGUUGUUUAAGAAACCUUACCAUACCAGUUCACAACAAAGCCAUUCUGAUUGAAGCCGGCCUUCCAGAAGUGUCUGUUACUUUAAUUAAAACAAGUGUGCUGCCAGUUCAGUUCAAAGCGUUGGCUAUCUUGCGACUAUUGGUGCAAGGACAUGAUGAUCUAGCAAAUAAGUUGCUAGUUGACAAAGUUUUGAUGCAGAAGGUGUGUGAGCUCUCCGAAACGACAGCAGUAUCGACGGUACCAUCAGAAGCACAGAGACUUAUUGCAGCUCUUCUCAAAUACAGCAAUUCAUCAGAUAGUAUUCAAAUCGCACUCUCAUGUGGUGCUUUAAAACCUGUUAGUAGUUUACUAGGAUCAGACCAUCCUUUAAUGCAGAAUGAGGGCUUGAUUGGACUUAUAAUGACGCUGGCAAACGUAGAUGAUUGUUUACCACAUAUAACUGCAGCGGAAUGUCCAUCUAAAGUAGCGAAAUUACUGAAAGAAGACGGUACACAAGCUCAAACACUAUUUAAUGGCCUCACAUUCUUACAAGCUUUGUCUUCUCUUGACGGCGGUAAAGCGCUUCUGCAAAGUCACCAAGUUAAAGAUAUUCUAGAGAAAAUAAAAAACCAUAGUGAUGAAAUUGUUCGUAACAAAGCAAUUGAGACAUUCGAUUUGUUGGGUUUUGUAAGUGAACCCGCUGGUGAAAGCUGAGUUUGACAUCUAUGUUUGGCUUGUUUCGCUUGAGAUAUUCUUCAAAGGAGAUAAUAAUGGAGCUGUCAGGAGAAUUGUUUCAGGAACAUUGUAGAAGCUUCUAAUUUAUCUUGCACUCCAUUAAAAUUAGUUGCAUGUACACCCGAUUUUUUUAACUGGGAUAGUUUUUGCAGUUUUGUGUAACCUCUGUUGGUAUGUUUCGAGAAAGUAAAACGUAAAUUGUAGCUUUACAUGUGAGCCACUUUAUAAUUGAUUCAUAAGGGGAUAGAAUAUAGUGAAAAUACGUAGCAAGAAUUUAUUGUUUUCUAUAUAAAUUUUAAACUUGAGGGCUUUUUGCAAGAUCUCAAAUUUACCCAGACUGUCAAAAUAAAUCGUUUAUUUUGUCAUUAUGAAAGUAGUUUUAUUUUCUAUUCUAUUUUUAACAACUCUGCUGUCCUUAUCAUAAACAAAAGAUUUUUCCUAAUGAACAGUUCUUCCGCAACCCCAAAAAAACGCCUAUUUGGUGCAAUGCAGAACUUGGGAUUUUGUGUUGAUGAUACUUCUUCCUAUUGCCAGUUUCGACAAACAGCGCGGUAAGAUUGCUCCAUCGCACCAGUGAAGAAAAUUAUAUUAGAAAAUUGUAUUUUUUAAAAUAAUAUUUUUACAGGGAAUAGAAACUUUAGAAUUUAAA